GUUGUUGAUAUACGCAGCGCCGUCCUCUCUCACCGCAGGUUAGGGCUCAGUUGAGAGGAGAGAAGAGGCGAAAACUUGAGUAUUUGAGGGGAAUUAUGCGCGAAUCGGCGUUGAUGUGAUCCGUCUUUACGCAGCGGCUGUAGUGCGCUCUGAACCGACGAGGCGUUGAACCUGCCACGAUGUCCCACGCGCAGGUUGAGAUGCCCGGGCGCGGCUUCCCCGGCCUCUCCGUGGAGAUGGAGGACUGCUUGUCCCGGGUGCCGUCCGUGCUCAGGGCGCACGGCGUGGGCGCGCGGAGAAACUCCUACGGGCUGCAGAAAAUCACCAUGGACCUGGACUCGCCUCUGUACAGCGGCGCCCUCUCCAAAGCCCUGUCCUGGUCCGCCGAGAACAUCCCCACGCUGUGCGAGUCCGGGGCGGAGGAGGAGGGAAAAGAAGAGUCCCCUCCGUCGCCGUCCCCCGUUCCCGAGCCGUGCGCCAGCUCCUCCAACGCGGCCCCCGGCGGCCAGGAGCCCGCCGACGCCGGGUCUGUGGUUGGCCCCCGCUGGGACCCCGUCGGCGCUCCUCGGGGCGCCAGCUCGGGGUCCGAUGAGGAACUUCAGAGCAAGCAGCUCAGGAUCUCCACUCGCGUCCGGCUCCAUGCGCAGUGGGAGCAGGAAGAGAAGGAGGACGUGGAGACCAAAGCGGUGGCGACGUCGCCCGACGCGAGGUACCUGAAGUUCAACAUAGAGAUCGGACGGGGGUCCUUCAAGACGGUCUAUAAGGGACUGGACACGGAGACGACGGUGGAGGUCGCGUGGUGUGAGCUGCAGACCCUGAAGCUGACCAAAGCGGAGCGUCAGCGGUUCAGCGAGGAGGUGGAGAUGCUGAAGGGCCUGCAGCACCCCAACAUCGUCCGCUUCCACGACUCCUGGAAGUCAACGGUGAAGGGCCACAAGUGCAUCAUCCUGGUGACUGAGCUCAUGACCUCCGGCACGCUCAAGACGUACUUGAAAAGGUUCAAGGACAUGAAGCUGAAGCUGCUGCAGCGCUGGAGUCGUCAGAUCCUCAAAGGGCUUCACUUCUUGCACACACGCUCUCCUCCCAUCAUCCACCGGGACCUCAAGUGUGACAACAUCUUCAUCACCGGGCCCAUCGGCUCCGUCAAGAUUGGAGAUCUUGGGCUCGCCACUCUCAAAAGUGCCUCUUUCGCUAAAAGUGUCAUUGGAACGCCGGAGUUCAUGGCCCCCGAGAUGUACGAGGAGAAGUACGACGAGGCGGUGGACGUCUACGCCUUCGGAAUGUGCAUCCUGGAGAUGGCCACCUCCGAGUACCCGUACUCCGAGUGCCAAAACGCCGCCCAGAUCUACCGCAAAGUCACCAGCGGAAUGAAACCCGACAGCUUCUACAAAGUCAAAGUGCCGGAGCUCAAGGAGAUCAUUGAAGGCUGCAUUCGCAUGAACAACGACGAAAGGUUCACCAUUCAGGACCUCAUGGAUCACCCCUUCUUCCAGGAGGACAACGGCGUGCACGUGGAGCUGGCGGAGGAGGACGACAUGGUGAAGUCGGGCCUGAAGCUGUGGCUGCGGAUGGACGACACCAAGAAGCUCCACGGAAAGUACAAGGAAAACAACGCCAUCGAGUUCCUGUUUGAGCUCUACACGGACGUGCCCGAGGAGGUGUGCCAGGAGAUGGUCGGGCUGGGCUUUGUGUGCGAGGCGGACUUCAAGCUCGUGGCCAAGGCCAUACGGGACAGGGUGGCGGCCAUCAAGCGGAAGCGAGAGAAGCUGAGGCGGCAGGCGGAGGAGCGGAAGAAGAAGCAGCAGCAGCAGGAGCAGGAAGCCACAGAGGAGGAGGCGGAGACUCGCCGGCCUCCGCCUAAGGUCGGCGACGCCGUCGCCAGAGAGUCCCCCACCCCGGCCCUGACGUCUCCGGGCCCCGUCCUGUCCCCCGUCACCAGCUCCGUGGACUCCGGAGUCAGCUCCAACUACCCGGUGGAGGCGGAGGAGCCGGAAGCAGACCAGCACUUCCACAUCCGCCACAACAGCCUGUCCUCGGCCAACUCUGACUGCGAGACGGACGGCGAUCUGAGCUUCUCUGGGCUUCAGGAUCCGCUGGAGGCCGGCGGCUCCAACGCGCCCGGGACCACGCGAAUCGCCACGCAGGCGGCCGCAAACGGCCUCCCCAUCCCGGCCCUCCGCUUCCCCUCGAGUAUCGCUGUAUCCAGCAACAUUGACCGUGGCAACUCAGGGCUCCGCAGUGGCUUCCACUCUCCCGGGGACAGCUACGCCUCCGAUGUGACCUCGGGCCUGAGCGACGGCUACGAGGGCCCGUCGGACAAGAGCGAGAAAACGGCGGCGAGGCGAACGGCCGGGAAGCUGUUCAGGAGGAGGGCGCGUUCGAGGCUACGCAUCACAGGGCUCUCGGACAAAGUGGACCGCGUGGUGGAGUGUCAGCUGCAGACACACAAUGACAAGAUGGUGACCUUCAAGUUUGACCUGGAUGGAGAUAACCCUGAAGACAUCGCUGCCGUCAUGGUGCACAAUGAGUUCAUCCUGCCCUCGGAGAAGGAGGGCUUCAUCUACCGCAUGGGCGACAUCAUCAAGCGGGCCGAGGCCCUCAUGGCCCAAGAGCAGCCGGUCCACUCCAGCGGCCCCCGGCUCCCUCACCCCGCUUUCCUCCACGGGAUCAACUCGCUGUCUUCCUCACAGCCUAAUCUGCACAGUCACACUCUGCCUCGAACACACUCCUCCUCCUCUCUGCCCGACUUCAGUUUGGCUAACCCGAAGGUAGAGGCAUGUGCCUCUCCCCUGUGCCACAAUGGAGACAUUGCUUCACCUGGGCGACCUCUAACCCGCUCGCAGUCUUUCCACAACGGCCCAGGGUCUCCCCAGCCUUAUCACCACCACCACCACCACCCUGCGAGUCUCCUGCCUCACCACCAGCACUACCACUUGCCCUUCAUGGGCCACAGUAACUUCCCGUUCCAAUACCCGGCCACUCCCGGUCCCCCCACCCCGGGCAUCCACCCUCUCCUCACUCGCGUAGCCAGUAACCCCACAUUCUCCACCCUUCCCUCCCCGGCCACCAGUCCUCUCAGCGAGACCCAAAGCUCCGGCGGCAGCGAUGGUGUCUCCGUGUCCCCGUCCACCCCUCAGCAUCCCAACAUGUGGCCCUCCCACACGCAGCCCCUGUUUUCCUUGGCGAACGUCAUCUCCAUGGCCAUGAGCAUGGCUCAGUCCUUCAUCCCUCCCACCAACAUGCCCGCCGCCCAGGGGAUGCCCUCCUACCCAGGCUAUCACCAUCAGCUACCCGCUCACAUGGGCCCGCAGUCGGGUUACCCCUCCAUCUACCCACAACACUACCAGAACUCCCCGGGAGAGGCCCAGUACGUCACAGCGGGGUUCCCAGCUCAAAACAACGUCUACCCUAACCCUGAGAAUUUUCCCGCGAUGAACGGAGGCGGUUUCGCUCAGAGCCACGAUCCUCCCGACUGGUCGCACCCCGUCUCUCCGCCGCCUGCGGCCUCCAGUCCUCAGGAGGAGCCUUUUCCGCGGGUUGGGCUCGCCAGUCCCCCGAGCAUGACCCAGGAGGACAGUCUCCACGGGUACGUCGCCUCGUACUUGGCACAGGUUCCGGUCCAGGCCGAACCCCAAUCGGACGUCUCCAGUUCAAACUCGGACGUUUCAACAUCUCCCCCUGAAAGCCCGAGAGGCACCCCAUCAUCCUUCAGCACCCCCGUGCGCCCCACAAUCCCAGAGAUGAAAACCAGCACGUCAGAACCCAAAGCCUCCUCUACUGAGCCGGAAGUCCGGUCUGCACCCGUCACUGUGGGCCGAUUCCAGGUGACGCCCAGCAUGCACGCGCCUGCUGCGCCGCGGCCGGCAGACGGCGGCAGCGCCUCCUCGGAGAGCAGCACGGAGGAGCAGGGGGAGUCCGAGACCAGCCUGGCCACCUCCCUCACCAUGUCCCCUCCUCCCCAGCGUCCCCGCGCAGGGACCGCCCCCGGGCUCCUCCAGGGGGUGGACGGGCAGCUGGGAUGGAGCCAGGAGAAGCAGCAAGACGGAGAGGAAGAAGAAGAAGAGGAGGAGGAGGAGGCAGUGGUGGACGACGAUGAUGAUGAGGAGGAGGAGGAGGAAGAGGCUGUCGUGGAACAACAGAGGGCGAGGAAGAGGUGUUCUAGGAGAGCGCACAGCCUGAGCCUGAUGGGGACGUCGGCGGACAGCGGCCUCUCCAUGACGGCGGCGGAGAUGGAGGGGCGGCUGUGGGACGGAGCGGCGGGCAGCCCGCAGUACAGCAACGCCCUCCAUCACCUGUGGCUGACGACCUACAACCGCAGCGCUCCCUACGUCAGCACCGACGACUCCGACAGCGACGACUCCGACAUGCUGGAGGAGCUCCAGGAGCUCAGAGAGAAACACCUGAGGGAGGUACAGGCCCUGCAGGCCGCCCAGAAGAGAGAGAUUGAGCAGCUGUAUGAGAAGAUGGGGAAGGUCCCCCCUCUGGGCAUCGUGUCCCCCGCCGCUGUGCUCUCCAGCCGGCAGCGGCGCCUGUCCAAAGGAAGCGGCUUCCCCUCGUCCCGCAGGAACAGCCUGCAGCGCCUGGACAUGUUGCCAAUCCAAGGCAUCAUCAGGAGGAACUCCAUCGGGGGCAGCAGCAGCGGCUCCCAGGAGAAGCCCAGCAAAGGCGUCACCUUUAUCACCGACAUUAGUAGAAUGUAAGAAACUGUGCAUCCGACCACGCCGCGUCCCUGGACUACCUCAUCGGAAGUGUGGCUGCAGGGGUCCGACCCGUCCAGCAGUGGGGGGGAUCGCUUUGAAGCCCUUCACCGAUCGGCAAACCGCUUCCCUCCGCCAGUGGUCAUUUACCUCAACGUAUCAAUAUGUUAACGGUCUUCAAUAGAGCUGGAACUUAGACAAGAACCGCAACAUCCGGUUUUUUCAACCUUCCGUCUGAUCCGGGGGAGCUUGUUGCAGCUGAAGAACAAAAUAGAUUCCAAACACGGCUCUGGUUAAAAAAGGAUUUUAAUACUCUUUUGUAAAUAAGACCCAAUGGUUCGGACUGGAUCUUCAGUCCAGGUUGUUUUUAAGUGUUUUAUCUGAGCAUGUGAACCGCUCUCAGAGGCCGUCCUGCUGACAGCCGUCGUACACACAACAUCAUCCCGGAUAAUCUUUAGCAUUUUGACUUCUUGGGUUUCAGGAAACAUUUAUUGCCAUAAUACGUCAGACAUACAAGGAAUUUGACAGUUGGUGCGUAACAGCAGACAGUACGACAAGACAGCAGUGCAAGAGGGAUAAAAUAAAAUAUAAUGCUAU